CGCCGAUGUGCAUCCAACGGUUCAUAUUUAAAUCCAGUGCCUGGGACCUACAUCAGUUACAUUACAUCUAUACCCUCCCAUACAACGCUCCAUCUCCUUAAAGAAACAGAGAACCUGACAAAAAAAAAAAAAACAGAAUAGUGGCAGUUUCGUGAAUAUACGACAAAAUCAAUUUCUCCUUCUUCUUCUUCUUAGUGAGGAACUCUCUCUAUUCUUGGAGAUGCGAAGCCGCGAGAAAGCUAAAGGCAUAUCGGGUUUGAUCAGCUCUUGAAUUACGUUAGCUGUUCACGGUGAUAGGUUAACUGAUUUUGCUGUCAGUCUGCUUAAUGCUGUAUCACAUUGUUGAAAUUUCGAAGGAGUAUUGACAACACAACCACAAAGAGUUUAGUGUCAGCAACAACGAGAUGUGUUGAGCUGCGUAAGAGCGCAGUUGACAAGUUCUUGGACUCUGAGAACAACAAAUCAGAUUCUGAUUAGUACUUCUUUUUUUUUUAGUGCUUUCUGCGUUGUGAAUUUUGAAUAUGAUUGUACUCGUAUUAAGUGUUUUGAAUACGAUUGGAAAAACUCUCUCUAGGUCGUCUCUCGACAUGGCCUUGAGACACAUGGUACUGAUUCUUGUUCCUUUUAGUUGUAACUUGCAAGUUCUUGUUAAUUUCUCACCAAACAACAAAUGUUUUUUUUAUCGUUGUACAGAACAUAAAGCAUAGCAGUUCAGGGAAUCUAAGGGUAGCCCUACAAGUAAUGCUCCAACAAACUCUAUGGAGAAGAACGAGUCAUCUUCUUGAUAACCAUAACAUGUACUAUGCUGUCCAAUUAAUGAAAUAUCUGUUAACUUUGCUGCAACACUUUUGCUUUAGCACAAAUCCAUUAGUAUCAUUAAAGAGUUGGCAGAGAAAAAAUCAACUAAAUCAUUAAAGAGUUUGGCAACAACAAAAAUAAAAUCAUUAAAGAGUUUGGCAAAAUUAUUUAAUAAGAAUCACUAAUUAAUAAUCUCGCUGAUUUAUAAGUUCAAGUGGCUUAGUUUAUUUAACAGUAUGGCAUUGAAAAAUCUGAAAUAGCAUUUGUGAAAAAAAUGAAAAUGCACUUAAAACUAUAUACAUGUUUAUGCUGAUGAAUAAUUUUAUAGAAGUUUAAUAAUUGUAACAUUAUAAAAGUAUAUAAUAGAUAUUUAAUUUUUAGAUAUGUCUUAGUACUAAAAAUCUUCAACAUGGCAUUCCUACAAGUUAGUGGUACGCACAUCUUCUGCAUAUCCCACAAGUUGAAUCAUAUGUUAUCUAUAUGACAACCAAACUCCCACAUAAGAUUGACCUAACAACAUUAUAAAAAUGUACAUUUAUUUCAUAUUUUGUAUAGUUAGUUUUGUUUAAAGCCAUAAAAAUCAAGAAUAGCCAACAGAAAAUAGGAUCUAUGAAUUCUACCUCUCACCAAAACACCUUUAAACCCAUUUUAAUAUUACAACUCUUAAAACUUAUCAUCUUUUGUGAGGUUUUUGACUUUCCCUCUUUGUUCUAAGGCAUUCUUGUAACAAUGGAGAAGGAUAACAGCAACAAGAAGAGUCUCUCUGAACAACUCAAGCACACGAAUUCCCCGGUGUUCUCUACGGCCAUUUUCGCCUUCAUAAUGCUGCUUGUUGUGGUGGGAACAAUACUCUCAAACAUGUCAUUAGAGUCAACUUUCUUCUGGACUUCACCAACUUCUGAGAUGAUCACAAUGGAGAGGAAGCCAUUGGCUCCUCCUAAGAACAGUACAAGCAGAUACAGGAUGGCUUGGCUUCGUUCUCAUCUCGGAGAAUUUGAGGUUUUCAAGUCAACUAACCUUUCAGAGAAGUUUCACCAAAGGGUGCUUGAGUCUUUAAAUGAUGAAUGUGAGGUUAGAUUCUUCAUGACAUGGUUUUCACCAGCAGAUUAUUUCGGCAAGAGAGAGCUUCUAGCUGUAGAAAGCGUCUUUAAAUCUCAUCCUCAAGGCUGCUUGAUGAUUGUAUCAGGAUCCAUGGACUCUCCACAAGGAGAUACCAUCAUUAAACCGCUACGUGAUCUUGGUUACAAGGUGUCUGCAGCCACGCCAGACCUUUCCACGCUGCUAGAGAACACACCGGCCAAAACUUGGUUUCAAGAAAUGAAAAGCUGCAAAAGAGAUCCAGGGAGGAUACCGUUAUCUCAGAAUCUUUCAAACCUUGCAAGGCUAGCGAUUCUAUACAAGUACGGAGGUGUGUACCUGGACACAGACUUCAUCGUCACUAGAAGCUUCAAAGGGGUGCAGAACUCAAUAGGAGCGCAAACAGUGGUGGAAGGAGAUUCAAAGAAUUGGACAAGACUGAACAAUGCGGUUCUUGUCUUCGAGAAAGAACACCCUCUUGUUUACAGCUUCAUGGAAGAGUUUGCUACCACUUUUGAUGGGAACAGAUGGGGACACAAUGGUCCUUACUUGGUAAGCAGGGUAGUGAAGAGAGCACAAGAGACGAUAGGUAACAGUUGCACAGUAUUGCAACCAGUAGCGUUCUAUCCAUUUAAUUGGAUAGACAUUCAAAGACUGUUUCAGACGCCAAGGAGCAGCAAUGAGACUACAUUACUCAAAGCUGAUCUGAUCAAGCUGAACAGAAUAAGCUAUGGGCUGCAUCUGUGGAACAAGAUCACCAAAAAGCUUAAGAUAGAAAAAGGCAGUGCCAUAGACAUCAUUAUUUCAGACCAUUGUGUUGUUUGCAGAGGAAUCCAAAGAUGAAGAGAAUCAAAUCAAUGUCUAGGACUCUUAACUCU